AUGCAAGCAUGUCACAUACUAUUGGGGAGACCAUGGCAAUUCGACAAGGGAGUUACAUUCGAUGGCAUUACUAAUAAAUACUCUUUCAAGCAAGGCGAGAAGAGGAUUGUGCUUGUGCCACUCACUCCUAUUCAAGUUCGUGAAGAUCAAGAAAGCUUGAUCAAGGAAAGUGAGCUCGAGAAUGAGAAGAAAAAAAUAGAAAAAGCCGAGAGCUCAACAGAAAAUGAUAAGGCCAAGAAAAUUGAGAGGAAAAAAACAUAUGGUGAGCCGGCCAAAAUUGAAAAGAGAGAGAAAAGGCAAAAUCUAUUGAUAAAAGCCAAUGCAGAUUAUGAGGAUGUCUUUCCCGAUGAGAUUCCAAAUGGACUACCACCAAUAAGGGGAAUUGAGCAUCAAAUUGACUUGGUUCCAGGUGCCCCACUUCCUAACAGACCAGCCUACAAAAUGGGUCCAGAUGAGACAAAGGAGCUCCAACGCCAAAUCGAAGAGCUUCUAACAAAGGGAUGGGCACGAGAAAGCUUGAGCCCAUGUGCGGUUCCCGUCAUCUUGGUGCCUAAAAAGGAUGGAAGUUGGCGAAUGAGCUCAGAUGAGCAUGUUGAACAUGUGAAGCUUGUUCUUGAUGUACUUCGAAGGGAAAAGCUCUAUGCUAACCUUAAGAAGUGCUCCUUUUGUACUGAUCAACUUGUCUUCCUAGGCUUUGUUGUGAGUAAACAGGGAAUCAAAGUGGACGAGGAGAAGGUUAAAGCAAUUCGAGAAUGGCCUACUCCAAGCACGGUGGGUGAGGUACGUAGCUUCCAUGGUCUUGCUAGUUUUUAUAGACGAUUUGUUAAAGAUUUUAGUACCAUUGCUGCACCUCUAACUGCUGUAAUUAAGAAAAAUGAGCCAUUUGUGUGGAGAGAUGCUCAAAGUGUGAUGCAUCUGGGGUGGGUAUUGGAGCUGUCCUAA